UUGUUGAAGAUGUUAAGAUUCACCUCGUUGUUCGUAAUUCAUUCCUACGAUUCGCAAGUGAGAUAUCGCGCGAAAUGUGAACGUUCGGUUUAAAAAUAACCAAGAGAAUUCCCUGCGCUAGAAGAUCGCCAAUUGCGGUUUUCUGUGAAUUUCCUGCUGUUUACUUACGUGUCCUUCGUGGAAGGUGACGAUCAGCGACAGGAAAAAGGAUCGGGAACCUGUUGAGAGCGGGGAACUUGUUAAUAAAAAUCAUCGGAAUUACGAGCCUGUUUGACUAUUCCUUAUCCCAUCCCCACUCACAUGUGCCACCAGAGAAGCGAGAGUAGAAAUAUAAACACCAUCCGUCGUAGAUCGUGUCGUAAAAUCGUCGAUUCCAAUCGCGACGGUCGUCCAGAUCGUUUGAAUUAAGCGUCGAAAGUGCUCGUACGAAUUCAAAGUGCUUUUGGGAGGAUAUCGCAAGGAUGUUUCUCAUACAAUCGACAAUUUUCACCGUAUUUCUCGGCAGCCUCGCCGUAUCGGUUGAUCCCGACGUAGAAUUACAGCUGCUUCACGUGGUACUUCGCCAUGGUGACAAAGUGCCCCAACGAGAGUUCCAAAACUACCCCAAUGAUCCGCAUCGCCACCACUCUUACUAUCCGAUCGGCGACGGCGACUUGACCAAUCAAGGCAAGAUGCGGGAGUACAAAAUCGGGACGAUGCUGCGCGAAAGAUACGAUCAAUAUUUCGGACCGGAUUAUUGGCCGGCCAAGAUCUAUGCCCGAUCUACGGACGUCCCACGGACCCAGCUGUCUCUCCAGUUAGUUCUGGCAGGAUUAUUCCCGCCCUCCGAGAAGCAAACCUGGAAUCCGCACUUGCCCUGGAUUCCGGCGUGGACGUUCUUCGUGCCGUACAAGACUGACAACCUCUUGUUUCCGCAUUACUGCUAUCGAUACAUAGAAGAAUAUCAACGAUUCCUUCAGCUAGGCAGUGGGAAAGAGAUGGUCAACAAGUACAAGAAUGUAUUGGAAUACUUGACAGACCACACUGGUAAACUAGUUAACAAUACGGGUGCAGUUGCUCACUUGUACAAUCUACUGAAAGAGGAGGCUGCGCAAAAUUUGACGCUGCCAAGGUGGACUCAGAAUGUUUUUCCAAGUCCGAUGAAAGACAUACUAGAGUUAGACUUCAAACUUCGAUCAUACACAAAAACCUUAAAGAGAUUAAAUGGAGGCAUGCUGCUUCGCAAAAUGGUGGAUGACGUUCAGGCACACCGAGAGGGAAAAUUAAUACGUGACAGGAAAGCUUUUCUAUUUGGCGCCCACGAAGUUAAUGUGGCUGCCCUUGCCUAUGCUUUAGGAACGAAUGAACCAACGGUACCAGCUUAUGGAGCCACGAUCAUUCUUGAGACACUUCGCGAUAAAAAGGGAAUUUAUUACAUUCGGGUCUUGCUAUGGACUGGCGUUACAGAACAGCUAAAAGUACAAACGAUCCCAGGUUGCGCGGAAAUGUGUCCUUUUGACGAUUUCCUUGGCAUUGUGAAGGACAUUCUGCCGAGUGACGACGAGUACUACUGUCGAAAUAAAACGGAAAGUCUUAAGAUAAACGCGCAUCAUCGAUCGUCAGCGACAUGUAUCGCCAACAACGUGUCUUGGAGGUACAUUUUUCUCACCGUUCUCCUUGCGUUCACAUCAAAAUUCGUGCAAAAGUGAUUCUUAUCAAUGCAGCUAGAAUUCUAGAUAUCUAUUCUUUUCUUUUUAUUUUUUUUUCGCAGAGAAAGAUAGAAGCAAAGUGAUUUUAAGUUAAAGAGAAAUAGUUGCGAAAAUAAUCGACGCAGCGCGCGUUCUGACCGAUACUUGUAUCGGAAAUACUUCGCCGAACUAUGAGCGUUCGGGAAGCCCGAGGUUGCGGCUAUACGUUUUGCUGCACGUGCUGUGGUUAUCGCGUUGAUGCAUUUUACCGCACGCGUUGUUACUCUGUCGCGUUAUACACGGACCACUGUACAUAUGUAAAUAGUUAUCAGUAUAUCAAUUUAAUAGUGGCAUCGAUAACCUAAUCAUAUUGGAAGCGAACGUUUCUCAUUCGUAAACGCGCACUAUUAGAAUAUAGGACUUUUAAAUUCGUUAAAACUAAUUUAAACAUUCAUUAACGCUCGUAAGUAAUUAUCGAUCAAAAUUACCUGCGAUACAUGACAAUUUUCAUUACCAUUUUAAGCUUUUAGAAACCACAUUUUAGUGUUACAUCAAUAUAAGACCUCAUUUAAAAAAUUGUAAAAUAAUAAAUAUGUUAAAUAAUAUUUAUAAAUAUACGUAGUAUUUAAUUUAAAUAUUGUAAAGUAUAAAUAUAAUAGAUAUAAUAAAUAAUAUUUAUAAUUACGCGUAGAAAUCGACAAGCCAAGUAUUAAUAAAUCGAUGAAAGAUU